AUGGUAAGAACCCGCGCUUCCCGUGCGCUCCCCGCCCGCGCGACUCUGGCUAAUCGCGCAUCUCGCAGUCCCUCGGCAGCCAGCUCUACAGGCAACACCCUCUUCCGGAAGAACUACGCCAUGCUGGCGGCAGUCUUCGGUGCCGGAUUCGCCUUCGAGAUCGGCUUCAACUCGACCAUGAACAAGAUCUGGGACAGCAACAACCGAGGCCGCCAAUGGAAGGACAUCCGAAGCAAGUACGUUGAGGGCGGCGACGAGGACGAGGAGUAG